AUGAUCCCCGAGUUUGGCCACAGGAGGCGGGAACGGGAGAGGAUGAGGCAAGAGCGAGGUUAUGGCAAGGGUUAUCCAUGCUAUGAAAGUCACACUCUCAGGUCCAGGAGGGAGCAGGAGCUCGACUGUGCCACCCUGCCCCGCACCAGCAGCGAUGCCACGGCCGUGCGCAGGAGGACCAAGCUCCCCACCAUCACCAGGACAGAAGUAGAAACUCACAGGUUCUCUAUCAAUGGCCACUUCUACAACCACGAGACAUCCGUUUUCACUCCGGCUUUUGGGUCAGAAACCAAAAUAAGAAUCAACAGCCAGAUGAGAACCAGACAAGUGAUAGAGCAGUUGCUUCGGAAGUUUAAGAUAGAAAACAGCCCCCAUGAAUUUGCACUUUACGUUAUCCAUGCAUCUGGAGAAAAGAAGCAGCUGAGGAGUAGAGAUGUUCCCUUGCUGCACAGGCUGCUGCAGGGGCCCUCUGAGAAGGUUGCCAAGUUCUUUCUCAUGGAUAGGGACGUGGAAGAGAUCAGCAGUGAUGUGGCUCAGUACAUUUCAUUCCAUCUUCCCUUCUUGGAAUCCAUUCUGCCCAGAAUAAAUGAAGAGGAGAAGCAGGAAAUUCAACAGACAACUGCUAGGUAAACAGACACAGAAUGAGGUGUCA